AUGUCACAACCGGGUAUUGGGGAGCACUCUCCCCUUACCUUCAAACGAGCCGCGUUUGAAGACGACGCAGCUCCCAGCAAGUCGUCGUCCUCCUCCUCAGCCACCAGCACGGUAAAGACCCUCCUCAGCGUCCCCCGUCUGAUCUGGGACUUUACCGAGAGCAACUUUUCCACCUUCGUGGUGCCCAACACCGCCUUCGGGCUCCUGGGCGGCCUGACGGGCUCGCCCCUGACCUCGGGGCAGGCGACGGCGCUCGCCGUGCUGCAGCGGUUCCCCCUCGUGGUCGCCUUCAACUGGUACAGCGUGCUCAUCUUCGACCUGGCCAACCAGAGGGGCUCCGAGUCCGUGGCGGAGGACCGCGCGAACAAGCCGUGGCGGCCCAUCCCCGCGGGCAAGGUCACGCAGGAGCAGACGCGCGCGGCGAUGCUCGUGGCGAUCCCCGCGGUGCUCGUCUUCAACUACGUGCUCGGCGUCUGGAGCGAGGGCGUCUUCAUCCUUAUCCUCACGUGGCUGUACAACGACCUCCGCGGCGGCGACACGCUCGCCCGCGACGCCAUCAUCGCGGUGGCGUACUUCCUCUUCAACACGGCCUCGCUCAAGAUCGCCAUUGGAGACGUUGCCGCCGCCGCUGCUACAGCCUCAGAGGGCGGCAACAGCAUCACGCGCGAGGGGUACCUGUGGGCGGGCAUCAUCGGCGCGGUGAUCCUCACGACGAUGCAGGUGCAGGACCUCAAGGACCAGGCGGGCGACGCGGGGCGCGGGCGCAACACGAUACCCCUAUUCUUCGGGGACUUUGCGUCGCGGGCGUCGCUGGCGGUGCUGGUGCCGGCGUGGUCUUGUGUGUGCGUGUACUUCUGGGGCAUCCGGUCGUGGGGGGUGCUGCUGCCGGUGGUGUCUGGCGCCCUGGUGGUUGUCGGGGUGCUCCGGACGAGGACGCCGGAAACGGACGCCCGGGCAUGGAGGCUGUGGUGCCUGUGGACGGUGUGUCUGUACUCCCUGCCGCUGUUCGGCGGUGCAGUUGGUGGUGGUGGUGACGGUUUCGUGUCGUUGGAGCACGUGUGA